UCCAGAAGUCAUCAUCAACAGCAGAAGCAACAGCAAUAGCAUGUACAUUGGAGGAGUUCGCUAUAUUUUAUUUGGGCAUGGUCAAAUCCCAGACGGAUGAAUUCAUCAAGAGCAAUACAUCAACAUGCAAUACACCACAUAAAAUUCAUCAAAAUAUAACAGAGACUGAUGCUACGGAGCCAUUGUUACAUGACAAUAAGAAAAAAAUUAUUGCAGCAAAUGUGGGUGGCAGUACGAGCAUUAACGAUGGUAACAAUGGCAAUAAAAGUGGGAAAGGUGAAAUGCGAUUUAUAAAACGUCAAAUAUCACGCGAGCUUUUCAAUCAGGAUGGCAAUCAAGGCAGCGACAAGAAUGAUAACGAUAAUAAUCGUUCGAGUAAUUUUCACAAUGAGAAUAAAGGACGAAAUUACUCUAGUGGUGGUGGUGGUGGAAGUGGCAAUAGGCAAUUUAGAAAAACCUUUUUUGACUCGUCAUCAACAUCGUUUAGUGAACUUCAGAGUCCACAAAUUGCUUCUGAAUAUCCAAUUACACAAUUUACGAGCACACCAGGUAACAAUAACGCAACAUGUUCGAAUCAAAUAUUAAAGGUUAAUAAAUCUAUGGACGGUAGUGAAUAUCCAACAAAUACGAGCACACCAAAUAGCUUUUUCAAUUCAAAAAGUUCUCUUUCGUUUGAUCAAAGUUCAAUGGUUAAUCGUGGUGCUGGAAAUUCCUCUCGAAGAAGUUUUGAUGCCAACAGCGGUUACAAGAACAAUUCAACAAAUCGCCGUAAUACGAGCUCACCAUUUUGUCUCGGUGACUUUCUAAAUACAUCAAAUCCAUCAAACACAUCAGGACGAGGUGGUAAGAAGAAGAAUCAUAGUGGAACGACAUCUGAUUCCGCAAUGACACCAAAAUUUAACUCGUCAGAUUUUCCGACAUUAAAACAAAAUGUCAACAAUAGCAAUGAGUCAAAAAUGCAACAAGCAAAGAGUAGCAAUGAGAUUGGGAAACCUAAAAAACGCGUAAUGCCAAUCACUGUCAGCCGUAAAGUAAGCACAGAUUCGCCAAUUUUUGUCUCAUCAUCAUUUCAAAGUGACAACAAUUUACUUGGUGUCACAACAUUAGAGGCUGAUGAGUCAAUACCAACAAUACCCGAGCGUGAAAUGCUCCGAGAGCAUCGUGAGACUAUAUCAAAGGAUUUCGAUGCUGAACAUAAGCCAAUUAGAAAUUUGCAUACAUUGAUUAGAGAGAAUCUUCCAGCAUCGCCCAUAUCAUUGUCAUCAUCACCAGUUGGACACAAUCCAUUUACAGGAAGUUUAGUAUCGACACCUCAUAAAUCCAUCCUGAAGUAUGAUGAAGGAAAGGUCGAACGACAAGAUUUAUUGACAGCAAUGGCAAGGAUUUAUUCAUUUCUCAUCGAUGCAAAUCAUGUGCCAAAUAUUUUAAGUGAAUUCUCAUAUAUUGUCAAUUUACUCAACACAGAAUUUAAUCCAUACGAGCAUCAAAUGCAGAAUUACACGCAAAUGAAAUCGUCCAUAGAUAUUGCAUCGAAUAUACUUAAAAAUUUCCAUAAUUGCAUAUUCUUUACCAUGUGCAUAUUGAAUCAUCAAAAACAAAUACUUGCAAUGCUCGACUGUACCACAAUACGUGUUAUUUGUGACUAUGACAGGAUACAGACAAUCACUCCAUCCUUAUAUGAAUAUUUGCGGAAUAUUAUGCAGAAAAAAAUGCAAAUCGAUUCAGCUAUUGCAUCGCAAAGGGUAAAGAGCGAUACAAAUAAUAUUAAUAAAGUUGUCUUCUAUCAACAAGAGACUGAUAAUCGUGAUAAUUUUCCAUCUGAUCGAGAAUUUGGUGCCUUCAAGAAACAACGUGAUAUGUUUUAUGCUAUAUUAAGAUCGUGGGAACUGAAGCAUUUGGAUCCAUCAUGGGAUUUUCGUCGAGAGCUUGGAGCAAAAGUGCGUGGUCUGUUAACUCUAUUGGAGCAUCCAAUCAAUAUGGCACACUUGGCAAAAUUGUUCACGGCACAACUCAUCAUUUCCUGCAAUUUUGAUAACGAAUUGCAAAUGGCAUUACCGAACAUUGACCUGAGCAAGUUAUCGAAAUUGCGUCAGCGGUUAGUGGCACCAAGUUUAUUUAGCACGCAAUAUCUUUUUCCUGGUAAUCAAGCAUUCUUUCGCGAUUUCAUCAUCUGUUGUGACUUUCACAUGAUGUUCAUUGAGCAAUUGAAAAUUGCCCUCAUCAGCGAACUUUUGCAGAUGAAUGACUCGUCAAUAGAGACACUUAGCAUCACCCGUGGCAACGUUAAUAAUAACACAGCUGCUAGUACAUCUAACGAUGAUGACGAUGACAACAAAGAGAAAUACUUUCAACAGGAAUUCAUUGUGAGAGCCGAAACCAUUAGCACAAUGCGUGUAAUUGGAAAAUUCAUUGGUUUUGUGGUGUCACGUUUAUAUUCUUAUGAUGGUUAUCGUAAUUCAUUGGUCGAUCAAAAGCAGAUGAGCAUUAGGAAUUUGAUUCGUCCAGAUUUCGAUGUAAAAAGUAUUGUACACCGCGCAAUCGACGGCCGCAAGUUGUUAGUGACAAUACCAUGGCUCGUUGAGUAUCUCACCAUGCUUGACUUCAUAACAAUUCGACUUGAUUAUUAUCGUGAAGUCUUCCAAAUCCUAUAUACAUUAUAUAUGAGAAUAAAUACAAUUGAUGGACAUGAUAGUGGUGUUUGUGUAAUGCCACAAUCAAAAUUUAUUAUACGUGCCUGUCUCGGAUGGCUUUUCGAGCAUCCAUCCAUACCUGAGGAUUAUUACAAUUCGAAUAUGAUGAUAAAUCUUAAUGUGACAUCAGCUCAAUGUAUUACAUCGAAUGAGGCUGUUGAAUUGAAUCCACAUUUAGAGAAUGCCAUACACUCAUCAUGUCCAUUUCUUGCCGAUUUUCGUGUCUCAAUGAUGCCACAACGUAUGACAAAGGCUGUCUCACGAACAGGUCGAUAUCGUCACAUAACGACAAAGAUUCAAGACAAGGCAUCGACAAGCAUCACAAAUAUGAAGACACAAGGAAAUCAUGAGAGAUUAAUUGAAGCAUUUCUGGCAUCACAGAGUCUAUCCGUCCGUAAGAUUGUUGAUUUUACGAUCGAUCGAGUAACAUCGGCUGUAAUAAAGGACUUCCAAGUGCGUCAUGUGCUAUCCAUCCGAAAGGAAGCAAGAAGUUGUGUAGAAAUCGAAGUGUCUACGGUAACAAAUGUUGAAGGCAUGAAGAAGAGAAUGAGAGAAAUUUUCUAUCAACAUUACGAGCGUCUUCUUAAUCAAUGGAAUGAUGACAUCUUAUCGAACUCUAAGUCGAGAAUCGAGUCAUCAUUCGAUGCUUUGCUGCCAAUUGAGACACUAAAUGAUGUCAAAAAGACCCUAAUAAAUAUCACAAUCGAAAAGACAAAUGCGAAACUUGAGCAUUGGCGCACGACAAACAUAUCCAUUGAGAUUUUCUCGAAAGACAUUCACGUCGAUGCAAUGAAAUUGAUGGAAAAUCAUCAGCAGCAGUUAGGGAAUAGUAUAACGAAUAAACGUACAUCAUCCAAUAUGAUUAUUGACUUAUCUGCUGAAAUACAUCCGUCUGAAUAUUUUCAAUCACUGCAAAUGCAUUUACAUCGUGCUAGUUUGCAUGCCGAAAAAAUUGACGAGAAUGAAAUUAUCAAAUUAUUUGAUUUGACAGGGAAUGUAUUGGAUAAACAAACACUGCCAACGAAUGCAUAUCGGAAUAUUGCCUUUUACAUUUUACAAUUAGUGCUGCUGUUAAUUGCGAAUCGUCCUGAGCUUAUUACAAGAGAUUUUCUUACAAAGCUUUUUAUUGUGUGGCAUCACGAGAAGCUCUUGAAUUUUACAACAUCAUUACGACAUGAGAAUAAGAAGGUUGAGGAUGAGGAAGAAGAAUUAAAAUACUCACAAAAUAAUCGUCUGAAAGUCAACAACUUUAUAUUCUGUAAUGUCAUCAGUUCGAGAUUCAUUCUGACAAUGCAGGGAAAGGAUCGAAAGAACUUUGAAGCAUAUGGAAAUUUUCUGAUAGAAUUGGUAAAGGAACAGUUUAUAACGGUCGAGGAUGUAAAUGAACUGAGCGUUGGAUUAUACAAGCAUGAAUGGAGCAAGAAUACACUCGACGACAUCGCAUUUCUGAUUCAGCAUGUUAAAAGCUUUUUACCAUCAUCAGAUGAGAGUGCACAAUCGCAUUUGUUUAUGGAACUCGUUGCAGAUUUGGCGAGGGAAAUGGAAAAUUUUUGA